AUGGGCCUCCACAUCUCGGUCAUGCUCGCGGUCUCGGCCAUGACGCUGGCGACAAAUGAUGUUGCCCCCUUCAACGCGGCGCCCUCCACCACAACGUCGGGCGACAACGCGGCCGCCCAGGACUUGCCCAACAACCAGUGGGCCAGCCAUCACGAGCUGGCGCCGAGCAACAACCUCCGCGAAGCUGGCUUGGCUAACGAAAGACGGUAA